AUGGUAGUCAAAAAGGUGCCCCACGAGUUGGGAGACCUACUCAAUAACGACGAUCGGGAUGUUACAGACCUAUGGAAAGAUGCCAUCAAGAGCUAUCAGAGCAUCGUCGGUUUCGACCUCCAACCCAAGUUUGACAACGUGCAGUCAAUGAUUGACUUUGGAACUGACCAAAUGAAUAAUUUCCACAAAUUCAGGCAUGACAAGGGAAAAGUCGAUCGCUUGAGAACCUUAUUCGCAGCCAACUUGGACCUGGUGGAGAAUGGCACAAACCAGAUCAUUGCUGCUGCAUCGCCAGCUUUCCCACCAGCGGCUGCCAUCGGAACAGCCUUGACCUACAUGCUUCAGGCUUGUCGCUCUGUCUCGGCCGACUAUGACAUAGUCAUUGUCUUUUUUGAGGAUAUGAACAGCUUCCUCAGUAGAAUCACCAUUCUGGAGACAAGACUGCCCAAGGACAAAGCUUAUCAGAAUUGCUUGAUGGAUGUCUUCACUUCACUACUUACCAUGUGCGGUUUCGCACACAAGUACAUCGAGCUUGGACGUUUCAAGAAAUGGAUCUCCAAUUUAUUUAAAGGUGACGAUGGAGAACUCAGUGGUGCCCGUGCCAAGAUGGACAAGAACAUGAACCAUCUCCAACAAGCUACUGAGUUCGCUAUUCUUGGUAAUACCGAAGAGACUCGUGCAAUGACGUCUCAGCUGGACGAGAACCAGAAAAACCACGCCGAGAUGCUACAGCGAGUCGGUCAUACCAUCGACACCAUUCACGAGAACACGGAAAACAUCAGGGGUGAUAUUGCAAAACUCUUGAAGCUUUUCGGUGGCCAGAAGCAGAAAGAAAAGUCCCAAGAAAAAUCCCAAGAAAAGCCUCAAACUAAUAAACCGCCCUCUGGUAACAAGGUCCGCCACUUCAUGCUGGUAGUAUACAACGACGAUCAUGAAUACAGGAGCUUAGAAGAGACACUCCUUCCGGACUCAUGUGGUUGGAUCUUCUCAGAGCCUGAGUGGGAAGAUUGGCUAAAGUUGCCUGACACCAAACGCCCAAUUUUCGCUCUCACAUCGGGACCUGGAACUGGCAAAAGUCAUAUGGCCGCUGCGGUGUAUGAUAAGCUAGCGCAGAGGGCGAAGCAGGAUGAAACUGGACAUACUUGUGUUGGACACUUCUAUUUCCGUGAGCAGGAGCUCCAUUAUAGUUUUUUCCUCGGCGGUAUUAUUACUAUCAUUAUCCAGAUCGCGGAAUCCAACAAUAUUGUUUGCGAGAAGCUGAGUGCUCAGAUAUCGAGAGACGACCUGUCUAUCGACAAUACAAAGUGGCAAGAUCUGGUCAAGCAUCUUCUCGUCGCUGUCUUUGGACCUGAGUCUAACUUCAAUCUCUUUAUUGUCCUUGAUGGUCUGGAUGAGAUGGUCGAUUGGGAGAGCUUCAAACAAUUCUUAUCCGACUUUUUUAAUGACAAAGGUCUCAAAAUCUCGCUUGUAGUGACCUCACGGCCUGAUCGCUUGAAGGAUGUUCCUGAAGGGACAAACUUGGUUGAGGUACAGGCGACCAAGGAAAAGCAAAGUCAGGAUUUCAAGGCCUUGAUCUGGGGCCAUCUCAACUCGCUCAACAGCCUCAGAAAGUUCAGUCGUUAUGUCAAACAGAGGGUUGCUGAUACUAUCGAAGAAGUUUCUCCAAACAUGCUAUACGCCCAACAUCUCCUCGUUCGCUUUGAUGAAUUAGGCCGCGAGGGUGCAGUUCUUCGAGCACUCAAAGAAAAGAAACCAGAAGACCUCACCGGCAUCUACGACAUUCUUCUCGCCGAAUGUCAACGUCGUUUACCAGCCAAGCACCAACGAGUUGCCGCCUCAUUACUCCAUUGGGUCGCUUUCUCCAAGAUGCGCUUGUCGCUUACUGAGGUUCAGUUACUCAUCAAACAUAUUGCACAGGACGAUGAGUUUACUAUCGAAGAGAUGCCCGAGCUAUUCUCUAAAUUCCUCAGAGUUGGCGGUGCCGGCUAUGAUCCUGAAGUAGACGCCAAAAUCACAGCCAGCAAAGUUACUACAGUCCAAGAUCUAAAGCAGGACGAGGAUAAUAACCGUGACAGUAUUUACGACGAUGGUCCACUUCCAGUGACUUUUCGGGAACGCUCCAUAAGACUCUAUUUCACCGACAGCUCGAAAAACUCAGGCAAAUUUAGAUGGGGGCCUUCAGAGGCACAUCGAACGAUGGCCAUGACAUGCGCCGAGUUUCUACGUACCAUCGACGACGAUGAGAGUAAGCUCAAGGCUCGUGGUACUUCUUUCCUAUAUCACUUCAACAAUAUAGACAUAAACCAGCAUACCUCCGAGGAGCAAAUAGAGGUUCUUGAAGCUUUUGCCGAGGUUUUGUCUAACAAGACCGGAUAUGCCAAGAUGCUCGGCAAGGUCAAUGUCAUCUACAAUAAUCGUGCCUUGGUUUCCGAGACCCACGAAAAACUGGUCGAGUGGUACAAACUUCUGAAAAAGCAAGAAAUCAGACAGAACCUCAGCACUUUUGCAGUUGAAUGGUGGCAACGCGUUGGGCCUGAUCCCCCAUCUUGCCGCUUCGGGGUAGCCAAGGGCUUUUUACGUGACUUGUAUGAAGCGCCAGACGCAUCAGCCGCUAUUGAAAGGUGGAAACGCCUGCGAGAUCUUCUUCAUAUGAGUGGAUUAGAGAAACUGCUUAUGGACCAGGCUGCAAUCAACUUUCCUGAUGAAUGUAAUAAACGUCAAGACAAGGACACGUACGAUGAGAACAUCGUUAGUCUUGGGAUUCUGAACCUUUUUGGCGACGAGAUCAAACCCGAUGCAACAGCACAUCGUGCUAUCUCUGAAGUUCUUGACUGGUGCGACCUCAUGGGACCUGCCGAGACAACCUGCAAACGCGCUCUAGAGCUUUGCAAUCCUAGCGACCAGGAGUGGUACAAAAUCUCCAACGGCUUAGUCGGUAUUCUGUUGCAGCUGAAGAAGAAGAAGGAAGCACAUGACGUGGCAACAGCUGCAGUCAACCAACUAUCAACUAACGAAGUGCCUCCUUCACUCCAACGUACCGUCCACACGGCAUGUGCAAGAACCCAAUGGGAACUUGGCUACUCGGAAGCUGCUCUAGAAUCUUACGCCAAAGCCAAGGCCAGCGACCCCGAAGGAAUUACUCCUGGUGAGGAUCUUUCCGCCGAGCUCACAGUCGUUGAGAGAAGGGAGGACAAGACAGACUACAUUCAAAAGCUGAAGAAUUGGAGCCUUCUUGAGAGGAUCACCUGGCUCGCGUCAGACUUCAUCUAUGAUGCUGAGGAGAAACUAGUAAUCUUCUGUGAUAUCGCUUGUGAGAGAGGGGAACAGGACUUUAUUGUAAGGUUCUACGAAGAAGCAAUUGAGUUCCUAGACAAUCUGGAUGCUUCCACACCUCUACGACUCCAUCUCGCACGCAUUUACUUUGAAGUGUGCCGAGACCCUCAAAAAGCGAUGGAAAUUCUCGAUCAGUUAUUCGACAUUCACUCAACGGCCUUCAGAUACCCCAUUCUAGGUGGAACUGCUCUCUGGCUGAUGAACAGUCUCCUUGAUUUAAUGUCAAACGUUCAGCAGGCACUAUUCUGCGAAUCACGAGAUCCUGCAUAUAAAGCAGAGCGAAUUGCUUCAUUGGCCAGUCUCGAUCAACGCCCUUUUAUAGUCAACAUCCCACGAACCUCUGUCUCCUGGACCAGUGCUCAUAGAGUGUCGCUGGCUUAUAUGUACCUGGUCAUGGGACCUACGAUCAAAUUCCAGGAGACUGUGCAGUCUCUGCUGAAGGAUUGUUUCGCUGGUCUCGAUGAUUCUGUUGGAUGGAACGAUGCAGCUUUUCUGAUGUUGCUGGCACAACUAUUGGGUCUUAUGAGUAAGGCUCUUCGUGGCGAUGAAAAACUACGUAGAUAUGCUCGGAUUGUCGGUUCUGCUUUGUUUUCGCAACUAAGUAACAACGACGACAAUGAAGAGGGUGCGGCCGAGGACAAGGUCGCCGUUGACAGUGAAAUUACUGAUAAACCUGAAGAGGAGGAGAAGGUCAUAACAAACAAUGAUAGCCAAACACAAGUUACAGACGGUCAAGACGCGGCCGAGCUAGACAAAAGUGUCAAGGAGGAAGAAGACGAAACACCGCCCAAAGAUGAAGGUGACUUAUGUCUAGCUGACGACACCUACUAUGGUUGCGACGGUUUUUGCAACCCUGAACGCGAGUUCCGAUGGUGGGGAGGUCGCUCGGCGUACCUGUACGUGACCUUUGAGUCAGGUCUCAUCUGCGAGGACUGCCAGGACGAAUACGAUGCCAUUGAACGUGGUGAAAAGACUUUCAAGGGUCGGUACUUUUAUGGCAUUGGACGAGACAAGAUCAAGCUUCCCAUUGAGGGCUGGCACGGGGUUAAAGAUGGCAUGUUGAUGGUGGAGGGUGACGAGCCGGUUGCUGUGGAAGACUUUUUUAAGAAGCUGCAGGAUGAGGUUCUUCCGAAGGCGUGGGAACGUCUUUGGGCCGGUGAGGCAUUUUGA